UUGUAUUUUCAGCCCUGUUUUCUGUGGACAUUCAGAAAUUCAAAGCUCCUGUGAUUUUACAUUCUCUUCAAUCUCUUCAAGUCUUCAAUAAAGGUAUAUCAGACACUGUGAAGAUGGGCUGCUUUGGAUUUUUGAAAACAAUGAUGUUUUUUUUCAAUGGCAUUAUCUUUCUGGCUGGAGCAGGUAUCUUGGCUGUAGGUAUAUGGGUAAAGGUAGACAGUAACUCGAUCAUAUCCAUUCUACAAGGCCUGUCUGGGGCACCGCCUGAGCUGAGGCAGGUUCUGAAUGUAGGCUACCUACUGAUUGCUGUGGGCAGCGUGCUGCUGCUGCUUGGCUUUCUGGGCUGCUGUGGCGCUGUUCGUGAGAGCAGGUGCAUGCUGCUUACGUUCUUUGUCAUUAUCCUGAUAGUCUUCAUUGCUGAGGUUGCUGGAGCAAUUGUGAUUUUGGUCUUCAAGGGACUGAUACAAACUAUGAUAAGUCAACUGGGAGUCACUGUAGUGAACAGUAUUCAAAAAGAAUACGGCUCUAAUACAGAUGUCACGGGUCUGUGGAACACCACUAUGGACUUGUUCAAGUGCUGUGGAUUCAACAACUAUUCAGAUUUCACAGGUUCCCCUUUCGUCCAAAGCACCAAUCUGUAUCCAUACCAGUGCUGUCAGCUUCAACCCUGUAAAUACAGCAAUGCUACAGUUGCGAAUAUUAAUGGAUGUUACCCUGCAUUGGUAAAACUUUUUGACUCGAAUACAGUUAUCAUCAUAGCUGUGGCCUUGGGAAUCGCAGCGCUUGAGCUCUUCGCCAUGGUUGUCUCCAUGACCUUGUAUUGCAAAAUAAAAUCUACAGAAGCCUGAAACCUGACAAAAAGAACAUCUCAACGUCUGAAAGUUACAAAUGCAUAUUUACUGAAAACCAUUUUAAUUGAAUUGAUUUUUAGGAUUUUUUAAAAAUUUAAUUGUGUUA